CGUCAACAAGCAAACAAUGAAAUUUGAUAAAUUUUCUGGUUGUCACAGUGCAUUGGACGCGCUCGUUUGGGUGUCUUAGCGGCAAAAAUGUGAUUCGCUUUUAACCAACGCUGAAGGGGACAACUUCCGUGGAAAUAAAAUGCCUGAGCUAACGGAUCAACAGCUGAAGGAUCGUGUGCAGAAGUUGGAAAAUUUGUUGAGGGUAAAAAACGCUUUUACUUCAUACACGAGCCCACACAAUCUGCACAACUUGCUUUAUUCUAUCGUUUGUUAUAACUAUGCUAAAUUGAAACCAUGUUUACAGGCACGAGAGGAGCGAAUUGUUGCCCUUGAGACCGAAAAUGCCAUGCUUUAUCUUAAACUAGCACAGGUAAAUUAUAUGCAGUAAGAUUACUGAUCGUUUAAUUGGUAGAGGCAAAACACAUAGACUUUUGUACAUGCAUACAAUCAAAGAUCAAACGUUUAAUUUAACAAGCUAUUAAACUAAUGAUGCAUGAAUUAUUUAAAUCAUUCAUGAUAUUACCUCAACAGCAACAAUGCAUAUCUUUUGUCGAAAAACGAAAAAGACAAUUGAUGGUUUUGAAAAGUGAAUUAAGAAGUGUUCUCGGGCAAAAGACUGAACAUUUGAUAUUGGCCUUUAUGUGGCACAAAUGUUGAUGAUUAAUCGAAUAUGCAUUUUGAAAAGAUGCUGUCUUGUGUGAGUUCUUUUGGAGGCUGCCAAUAAAGAGAUUUAAAUUAUAGAAUUGGAGUAACUGAUAACACACCAUGUAAGCUAUGUUGCCUAAAUCUGAAACCUAGCCAUUAAGCCCCUCGGACCCACUCUCAUGUAUUCAGUUAUUAGUCAAGUCAAGAAGACACUCAUUCUUUCAUUACUUCCAUAUUUUGCACUUUAUGUAUAGAUCAACUCUUUUUACCUUAUUAACCAUUCAUCUUAGUUCACAAGAGUACACGUAUGUACUUUGACAAUGCUCAGUAGCAAUUAUUUCACUUGUCCUUGCUCAUGGUUAACAACAAUUCACAGAAGUGGUAGUGGCCAGUGGUGGAUAUAGACUGAGCUGCUAAGUGACAGGGUAAAUAUCCAUGACAAGCCACUGCCACUGAGGUGAAGAGCUGCUUUAGUUUAUACUUAUGAAAAGGGGUAAGAUAAUAUGACACCAAGAAGAUGAUUUAACUCAUUUUUACUUGCAACAAUUACAGUGGUUUUGAGUGCAAGUUACUCAGAGGUGUGUAGUAUAGGAUAUUCUAAGUUUGAGUAGCCAAUCAGAGCACACCUUCAAGGCUAUCCACUGUUUUAGUAUGUACUAGUAUAUGACAGCCAUUCAUUUUUCUUCUAUAGUAAUCAAUAAAACACAUUUGAAUGGCCACCUUUUCUCUCCCACAUUAUAUACCAGGUAUUUCUUUUUGUCACACUGAAUUAUAGCAUAAAAAGUUGAAUAAAGUUAGGGUGCUUAUUUUGUGUAUAAUCAUUUGUUUUUCUUCAGUGUCAAGGGUCAGUACGUUCUUGCCGACAUGAGUCCACUCAUUUUAGGCGCUUGUUUGAUGAGGAGAAAAGUUUUAGGAAGAAUUCUUUGCAGACACUCAGAAUCUCCAAUGAUAAACUACAGGUAUUAGAUUAUUAUGACUGUGUACUAGAUAAACAUUAAAUGUCAAUGGACACAUGCAUUCAAACUAGCAAACUACAGUUGUAGAUUAGUCAUACAUUAUUGUAGCUUGAACACUGCAGCUUGAUGGUCAUGGCCCAUCUUGCUAGAGCUUAUUCCACCUUCUGUAGCAUGAAGAAACUUAACUAUUCUAACCCUUUCAACUCCCAUCAGUGACCGACACAGAAUUUCCUCUUACAGUAUCAUCACAAUAACAAUGAGAUAGUUGAGAAGAAUAAAAAAAUGUUAUUAAUUAAAGGAAUAAUUAGGUAAUACAACACCAAAUUCUUGAGACUAAUAUUUUAAGAACUGUAUUGUAGAUAGUAAGGAGAACUGAUAAUGAGAUCUUGGAAGUUAACCCUGUAACUCUCAUGAGUGAGGAAGAGAGAAUUUCUCCUUUAAAAAUCCAUACAAUAUCAAGCAGACAAGUGAUGAGAAUAAAGAAAUAUAUUAAUUUGGGGAUAAUUAGUUGAUCUAAUACUAAUUUCUCUGAACUAACAUUAUAAGAAUUGUAUGGUUGACAGUAAGGGGAAUUACAAAUGGAUCUGGGAGUUAAAGGGCUAAAAGGUUAAAAUUGUUGCUCAUGUGAGUUUGGAUGCUUGUCAGUUGUGGGCAGGUAGCCUGCUUUCCUCCCCUCCCCUCUCCAACCCUCAUUUUAGGGUUUUGUCAUGUUUCUCAAACAGCUGGCUAGUACCAUUUCACACUCCUGGGGAGAGGGCAAUGUGUAGUAAAGAAAUGUCACAGUCAAAAUGACCCUAUCUUUCCAACUGGACUUUUCAAGGAUUAUUUUUAAGUUUAUUUUCAUUCAUUUUAGGAAGUUAAGUUGGAGCUUCAUGACCUGAAAAAGAAAGUUAAGAGUCUGCCAGAAUUACUCUCACAAGAAAUGGACAAGACUGCAAAACUCACUGAUCAGUUUGGCUCCAAGAAAAUGUCCAAUAUGGAAGGUACAGUGUACUCUUAACUACUAUUUGUAGCUUGUGUAGAUGUUAGUUUUCUCAGACUCUUAAAAGUUCUAAGGUUUUUUUCUGUGUAUCAAGACAUGCACAGCAGGUCUUUGCGGAGCACUUGAUUUUCUCCCUUCCCUUCAGCCCUCCCUUCACAUGUCCUUCACACAAUUUUUUUGUGUUUGAAAAAAAGAUCUUGUUUGAACUUUCAUAUCCAGGCCUUCAACAUAAGCUUCUCAAGACAGAAAUGGAGAUGGUUGAGUUUAGACAACGAUACAUCCAAGAAAAGUCUCGCAGAAUGACACUACACAACACUCUUGUGGUUAGUAAUUGUGUAACUACUGUGUCCAGUACAUAUUGAUGUGGAAGUGUCUUGUCAAACACUUUUCCCAACCAAAGUUGCUCUGGUUUCAGUCUUGUAUCAAAACUGGUGCUGACUGGGGUUCAAAUCCUUGUGGGUUACUCAGAUUAUUUCCUCAUCAUAUGCUGAUGUCAAUUGAGUGAAAUGUUUUUUCUUUUCCCGUAAUUUUCCUUUGUAGGAAAUGCGAGGCAACAUCAGGGUGCACUGUCGACUGCGUCCCUUAAUCAGCCGCCUUGACUCUCCAGGUGACGAGGAGUCACUGGGUAUGGCAGGAACUCCUUCUGAAAGAGUUGUAGAUCUUCAGGAUGAAGACAAACUCAUUGUGCGCCCAGCUAAGCCUGUUGGCGGCCAGAUGCAGAAGAAGGAGUUUGAGUUUGAAAGAGUUUAUGGACCUGACACUGACCAGAAGUCGCUAUUUGAUGAUGUGAAACCUUUGCUGACCUCUUUGUUGGACGGGUGAGUUCAUAACCUUGUGUGACAUGAUAAGUCAGCAUUGAUAGUUUAUCCUAAUACAUUAUUAGUUGCUCUGGCAUUUUGCGAAUCUCCUUGGCCAUUGCAUAACAGGGAACAUGUUUUAGCUGUUAAAUAACAGUUGUCAUAUGACCCGUCCAUCCCCACUCGCGCAAUUCCACAGAAAACCAUUGGAAAGCUGGCGUUGGUAGGGUUGACGUGAACCGGUCCGUUAGAAGUCGUCCGGCCCAAGUGCACUUGUACGGCUUUGUUGCAAAAAAAGAAAAUAAAUAAAUAAAAAACAUUUUUUCGCUGUCGUUACAAUUAAUGAGUGACAGUAGUGAACAGAAAUGAAAAAAAUAAGUCACGUUUUUUCGAAUAAUGGUGAGUUUCUUCUUCUGACUCGAAAAAAUAAAGGAUAGUGUCGAUUCUUCUUUGUGGUUUUGCCCUGCACGUCAUCUAUCGCGUCCUAUUAAAGUUAAACCAAAAUUUUCGAAAUUUUCAAAACUUAGUCAUUCAAAAUAUUUUCCCGUCCGACUCUCCCACUCAGUCAAUAAGUACACAUUAUAAACAAAACAAAUGAAAUGUCUGUUUGAUACCUAAAGGUACAAUGUGUGUAUCAUGGCGUAUGGUCAGACAGGAUCUGGUAAAACUCACACCAUGAUGGGAAGUCACGACCUGGACAUGGAGAUUGAUUCAGAGUCACUGAAUAAGGACGAAGGGAUCAUUCCACGAUCAGCGAAGGAAAUGUUUAAGUAAGAAGUGGCAUUCCAAAUGGCGAGCGAAAUGAUUCUUUGGUAUAUUCGUUGGCAGAAGCCGUCAAUUUGUAUCGGUUGUUUCCCACUAAAGGAAGAAACUUCCUAAAUGUACAAUUUUACCUUUUUUUUUUCUUUUAAUUUAUGAAAUUUUUAGACUCAUCUCUGAGCGAGAAAAUCCUGAGGAGAGCUUCUCAUUGGAGAUGUCUGUGUGUGAGAUUUACAAUAAUGAAGUUCGAGAUCUCCUAGCAGGAAAGAGUGCUUCCAGGGUAGGUUUCAAAAUUAGAUGAUGAUAACUUUAUUAAUGUACUUCAGAAGAUGUGUUAUCCUAGAGUAAUCCAGUUACGUUUCGUGUCCAUUUUCAUGAGUUGUACUCUUUUCACCCUUGCAUAACUCCCAUGAAAGAGAGAACGUCGUGGUGCGUGCAUCUUUGACAAAUUAAGCCUGUGUUUUUCAAGACUGUCAGUUAUUUCUCGCUUUUCGUGAAAAAUAACUCAAAGUAGCAUGACAUAUCUCCUCGAACAUUCAUGACUUCCGCACCAUUAUCUUUUUAUAUUCCUUUUUUUACAGCUUGAUAUUGUAACGAGUAGUGAGGGAGCAACGGAGAUUCCAUCUCUUGUAACCAGGUAAAGACGGCUUAGUACACAUGCGUUUACAAUUAGAGAAUUACAGUGCUUGCACACCUGCAACAUGCAGAGCACUAUUGCUGACGAAUGUCGUGCUUUGUUUUUCUCGUAAUUCAGCAGAAUUACAUGGACUUGCAAGUAGACUGGGAUCAUAAAAACUUGACGGAAGUGACGAAACUUCAUAGUAGUGAUGACUCGUGGCUGCGCCAUUUCGCAAAAUUUAUUCUAGGAACGAAAUUGGAAGACCAAGUUUUUUGGAUCAUUGCCAACUGAUUUUUCCUUUCUUAAGCAUGCGUAGUCAGUAAGGAAGGGUUAACAUCCUUAAGAUUCGAACACAUUUGCGAAUGGGUUUUGGUCCAUAUGUUACUGGUUUCACUCUUAAAUGUGAAUUUCUUUCCUCAGACCCGUUAGAACUGUACAGGAAGUGAUGGCGGUUGUCUACUACGGUAUGCAACGGAGACACGAGGACGCCACAAUGGUUCAUGCUCAUUCCAGCCGUUCCCAUCUAAUAGUGCAGUUGACUAUUUACACAGUCACUCAGACAAAACCAAGUACGUCCUCCUCAUCUAGUGAUGCGGCGCCUUCGCCCCCAGGCACUCCUACAAGAUCACGGCGAACUCUGCCCCAGCCAUCAGCUGGGAACAACAGUAGGUCCCAGUCUCCUGCACCGAAAAGUAAGGCUGCUUCUGCAAGGCGUUCGAGGUAAUUUCAUGCGUAUACAAACGUACACGUAAUUGCGAUAACUUUUUUGGAAAGAGAAAAGCAUUUCUGCGGUUUGAAUUUUUCUGAGACAAUGCAAUUGCAAUUGAGUGUAUAGCUUUUAAUAAUUUUAAGUGUGUUUUGUUGUGGAUCUUGUGUGAAACUGGACCAACUACGACCGUAUAGUUAAACACAAAUUGCUUAGUACAAUUUUUUUUUUCGCCAAAGAAAAAAAAUACACGUCUGCCAUCAGAGACUUUCCUUCUUUAAUACAUAGCUCACGGCUAGAUUGAAUUUUACUCCCCAGGUCUCCAGCGCCUGGCACCGCUGCCGCUGCUCGUUCCAGAUCCCCUUCUCCAACCCGGAACAAUAAUUCCUCAGCUAACGGAAGCCAGACUCAGAGUGUGAAAACCAAGCUUCAGCUCGUAGACUUGGCUGGAAGUGAAUGUGUCGGUAAGAUGAGGGAAGAGGCAGGGUUGGAAAUAUUUUCAUUGUAUUUACUCAAUCAUAAGAAGACAAACACAUCAACAAGACGUUAUUGUGUUCUUUCCGUUUGUAACUCUGUUAUGUUUCAAUUUACAUUUGCAUCAGGAAUGUCUGGGGUAACGGGUGCAGCCCUACGAGAAACUUCGCACAUCAACAAAAGGUAACUGGGGCAUCAAUUCCAAGUCAAAACAGUUUCUCAUUUACAACCAAUAAACAGUGGGUCACUACGAUUUAAUAGAGCGAAAAGAUUUGUGUGAGCAAAGGCAUCGGUUGUGCUACUUCUCCGGCUGUUUCGUUAAAAUGCAUCGUUUGCUUUCUCUCUACCGAAAUCGCCCUUUGGGGAGUUGAUACCCUCCCCCACUGGGGUUAUUGUCACCGACAUCAACAUAGCGGCACUCACACUUAUCGCUAGUUGAUAGCGCUAACAUUCGGUCCCUGAAACACCUGCAUUUUAGGGUAUUGUUGACCCAAAUAGCCAAUUCAUAGUUGCCAAUCAAAACGCUUCGUUUUCAAUUAAAAUGAUGUUUUGCAAGUCACCUGUUCUUGGUUUGAAAGUAGUAAUCCAAAAUGUCUUAGUUGUCAGCGUUCCCAUCUCACGGGUAUGAAAACGGGUGAGAUAUCACUUUUGAACGAUGUCAGUUUGUUGAAAUGGCAAAGCGGUAGAAAAUAAAAUACAAGCUUGCGGUUUCUUUUAUCUUGGAGUUUUCUCCUUCGCCCUUUGCGCAGUUCUGUCCAUUUUAUUAUUUUCGUCCUAAACCCUGAAAUCAAACCCUUUUGCUCUCCCAAACAUUUAUCGAAAGGACGGGACUAUUUCUACCCAGUCUGAGGAGAGCGUUUCAGGGAGAACACUGAGAAUAAAUUAAUGAACAAUCCAAUAUGUUAAAGUUAACUCACGUUUUAAUAUUUCAUCUUGUUUGUUAUAACAGUUUGAGUGCCUUGGCUGAUGUGUUGGGGGCGCUGUCUGAGCAUCGUUCACAUAUACCUUACCGCAACACCAGACUCACGCACAUGUUACAGGAUACUAUAGGUGAGUACGCUUUUGCUAUGUUGGAAUUAGUAAUAGUUAUCCACCUGACACUGUUUAUCUCAAUUUCACAAUUGUGUGACAGACUAUAACGUCCACUUAACAUCUGUACUUGUACCAGCUUUCCAAGAAAGAGCAUUCAAUUUAAUAACACAGUCGAAAAUCUCAUAAAGAACUUUAUCGUAAUCAGGCACCUCCAAUAAAGCUUCUUCUCUCCAUCGGAGAGGCCUGUUUUGAAAACUUUAUUUUAUUCUUCAUUAGUAAAUAGCUGCGUUAUAUGAAGAUGUAUAGUUUUUACUCCUUUUUACUCAGUGCAAUCUUUUUUUUUCUUUGAACAUUGACUCCUCGCUUGAAUUUCUUGUUCAAGAAACUUGAGCCCGAUAUGAAUGCAAUGUAUGGUACAAUUUUAUAACUGCUUUAGUAGUUUUACGAGGACCUGGGGUGGAGGGUCGCAAUUUACCCGGUCCAGUCCCUUAAGGACUCGUAUUUUCUAACGUACAUUUACUAACGCAUACUCGUUUGCUCCUGUCAGGUGGUGAUGCUAAGCUUCUUGUCAUGCUCUGCUGUUCUCCGGCCCAGCGGUUUAUCACAGAAACUCUACAGUGUCUUGGAUUUGGGUCACGAGCUCGGCAAGUGGCUCGUGGGCAAGCUAAGAAACGAAGACCCACGUCGUUCGUUCCCAACAGCCUCUCAAUAGGUUUGUGAGAUGUAGCGAUAUAAAAAUAAAAGCGAACUAGAAGGAUGAAAAAGGGCUGAGAGAGGGGUUAUAGGGGGAUUUAGGCAAGGGGGUCUUGCACUAGGGUCUUACUGGUUUCUUUGGGGGGAUAUAAAGGCACACUUUACUUAAAUUUUUCAUCGUUAAUUUCCGUAGCAGAUUUUGUGGGUCGGGAGGGGGGGUGCCCUUCUAACAUAGUGCCUCUCCCCAUAAUAGCUACACCUUCCAUCCGUGCUCAACACCAUCAUAGAAUGCACCAUGUGUUAGAUAGCUUUCUAGGGAACACUGGCAUAUAUCCUAAGCGUCUCUAACUGAGAUGGGUGUAGGAUAGGUAAGUGCAUUCCCUUUUUUGUUUGUUUAAAUUUUUGUUUUGUUUUGUUGUUUAGAUACCGGUAAUCUUGGAUCAUCAUCUUUGAGAGGAAACGGAAAUCUCUCUCCCAGGAUCUUGGAUCUUCGUGGUGGAGGACGGCGCAAAUCGAACUUUAAUUUUGAGUAACACCCCGCCUCCAAUGAUGUUCGAUGAUCAUCCAAACAGUGUAUUCGAUAAGUUCGUUUUUUUCUUUCUUUGUUUUUUUCCACACCUUGGACACCUGGGCUUUCAUUCCAAACUUCCUUUCUUACCUCAUUUCAUGGCAUUUACGAAAACGUUACGUCAACGUAGUUUUUCCUAAUGCAUUAACGUUUGUGCACUUUUCCUUGAUUCAUACUAUUUAUUGCAAGACAUUUGGUUGAAGCGGUUUUUAACGACUUAAAAAACCAAGUAUUUGUUUGCUCUGAAAAAUAUUCGCUAGUCUUGAGGUGUUACUUGACCUUCGCAAUGUUAGGGGUAGAGAACAUGCGUUUGAUUCUUGAAAUUUACUCUAUGUACACGGUUUUGUGGGUUCUUCUUUUGAUUUUUCUUGAAAACUGCUCAUAAGUCAUUACCCAUCCUUAUUUAAAGUGAAUCACAGGUCUUCAAAGCUUUUUCGUGAAUAAUCAUAUAGACAUCUAGACACUUCAGACAAAUGUUUCGCGCAGAUAUAGUGUAUAGGCAGAAGUAUUCAUUUUUUUUUUUAACAAAGCCAAUAAUUUUACCAAUAAACUAUUUUUUCGAACAGGAGAAAUAGAUAUGUUAUUAUUUUUGUGUAGACAAAUGUGGACUACUUAAUAUAUUUACAAACGCAUAAUAAAGUCGCAGUUUGAUUCUGGCUUGAAUCAGAAUGCUUAUUUAUU